AUGGACCUCAACCCCCGCUCGUUGUUCGAGCUCGCGUUCUAUUCCAGCUUCCUGCUAGCCAUUACAUCUGUACUCUUGGCUAAAUGGCGCCUGCCAACCCUCCUCAAGUAUGGCAAAACACUGCAGGGCGUGCCCUCCAAGGGCGGGAUCCUGGGCUCGCUGCAGAGUCUCACCGUACCCAAAAAGUGGUUCGGGCACUUUUACGUGUACUCUACCGCUCUGGCACUGCUCAACGUGUGCUUCUUGAGAGGCUUCGCGUCUCUACUUGUGCUCACACAUUCGGCCAGGAGGCUUUACGAGACGCGCUGCGUCAGCAAAUUUGGCAAAGACUCCAGAAUUCAUCUGUCGCACUACCUAGUGGGGCUCUGGUUUUACACGGCGGUUAAUUGCGCUGUCUUCGUGGACAGAACGCGCACUCGCUCCCCGUUGGCGCGCCUCGUUGCUGUCAUCGUGUUUGUGCUCUCGUCGCUCGACCAGUACCGAAACCACCUGCACUUAUCAAAACUCGUCAAGUACACGCUUCCGACAUAUGGCCUUUUUCAGCUCGUCUCAAGCCCGCACUACUUCGACGAGAUCCUCAUCUACUUAUCGCUCGCAAUCUACACGUCCUCCCUCAAGAUGUUUCUUUGCCUAGUGUGGGUGAUCGUCAAUCUCUCUACUUCCGCCUUGGAAACCAGGAGCUGGUAUGCUAAGAAAUUCCCGCGUGCCGCUCCAUCUUUCGCAAUUAUUCCGUAUCUUCUAUAA